AUGGGGUCUCCAGGUUACUAUCCUUACGAUCCCAGCACGGCAGGUGCAGUGGUUGCGAUGUUGCUGUUCGGAGCAAGUUCAUGUGUUCAUCUUUGGCAAAUGAUUAAAACAAGAACGUGGUUUUUCACUGCUUUCCUUAUCGGUGCUUUCAUGAUGACCUUGGGCUACAUUUUCCGCUUCCUCUCCGCAAAAAAUCCGGAUAGCCUUGUCUCCUAUAUCUGCCAGUCUAUGUUCAUUAUUCUCCCGCCAUCCCUUUACGCCGCGACAAUCUACAUGACUUACGGUCGUAUCGUCAACUUUGUCGGUCAACCUCAGCUAUCCAUCGUGGCACCCCGCAAAGUGACCAAGAUUUUCGUAUCAGGAGACACCACUGCCUUCCUCCUACAGCUGGGUGGUGGCGGCAUGCAGACUAUUGAUAGCAUGCGAAAUAUUGGAGAAAAGGUCCUGGUAGUUGGACUGAUCGUUCAACUAAUAUUCUUUGCAUUCUUCCUCUACGUCUCUGUUACCUUCCAGCGUCGGCUGCACAAUGCUCAUCUCAAUAUCAUCGGUGGCCCAUGGAAGCGUCUUCUACAUAUCUUGUUCCUUGUAUCAGCUCUGGUGAUUGGAAGAUGUGUAUUUCGGAUCAUUGAGUACGUCGCCGGAACAGAUGGAUAUGUGUACACGCAUGAGUUCUUCAUGUACAUUUUCGACAUGAUUCCCAUGUUUUUUGUACAGGCGAUCUUCCAUUUUGUCCACCCAGGAAAAAUCCUUGUGGGCAAGGGUCCUGUCGUUGAUCACUAUGUGAACCUGCGAGAUGUGUGA